AUGAAGAAAAAUGAGAACAAUACACCAGAAAUUCCAUGUUUUGGUCCAUCCGAAUAUUUGAGUGAUAUGCAUGAAAUAAUGUUGGAUAGAACAACACGAUCGAAACAUUUCGAAAAACAUACGGAUUCUGAGAAUAUGUGGUUUGUCGAGGGGUUUUUAUUGAAAAUAUUGUCGUGUAAAGGUGUAUCGAAAAAUAUUCAUACUUUGGAAAUUUUGAGGUUAGCAUGUGAGUUUUGAGCAAUGGCCGUGAAAACAAAAAUUCUGAAUAGGAAGACGUUUUUGGAAUGAAGAUUGAAAUCUUCCGAUUUUUGCAUUAAAACCUUGCCCGAAUCUUUGGGUCCAAUUCUGAAUUUACCUUAUUCUAGUAUCCACCCAAAAUGUGUUUUCAGUUCUCGCCAAAAAGGUUUUUACACUUCAAGGAAGAUUGGUUGAAGUCGAAGGACCAAUUCGAAUUUGUGGAGAUAUUCAUGGGCAAUAUGUUGAUUUGAUAAGAUUAUUUGAUAAAUGCGGUUUCCCUCCAGAUUCGAAUUAUAUUUUCCUCGGAGAUUAUGUUGAUCGAGGUCGAAACAGUUUGGAAGUGCUAUUUUUAUGUCUUGCAUACAAAGUUCGAUAUCCCAAUAUUUUUUUAUGCUACGUGGCAAUCAUGAAUGUGUUCACAUCAAUUCAGCAUACGGUUUCAAGGAUGACAUUUUCAAUCGAAUAACAACUGGAUGUGAAGUAGUUUAUGAUGAUUUGAUUGAUAUGAUGAAUAUGAUGCCAUUGUCAGGAUUAAUUGGUAAAAAGAUUCUUUGUAUGCAUGGUGGAAUAAGUCCGCAUUUGACUAAAUUGAACGAUUUGCAGAAUUGUGUUGCGUGAGUUUUUAGAAAAACAUUUUAACUUCUAUAGAAGUUCUUUCAGACCUUUUGAUGGAAGUAACGAUGGUUUAGAAAUGGAUUUAUUAUGGGCUGAUCCAAUGAACAAUCAAGAAGGUUUCCACCCAAAUCUUCGUGGUGCAAGUGUUUCAUUUGGUGAAGAUAUGGUUCAUAAAGCAUGCGAGCAACUCGAAAUCGAUUUGAUAGUUCGUGCUCAUCAAGUUGUGCAAGAUGGUUAUGAAUUUUUUGCUGGCCGUCGCUGUAUUACGAUUUUCUCUGCUUCAAAUUAUUGUGGUCAAUUCGAUAAUAAUUCUGCAGUUUGUGUUGUCAGUGAAGAUCUUGAAGUUUCGUUUGAAGUUUUGAAAAGAAAAAAACCGUCGGAUCCACAAAAUCAUAAUUAA